AUGCUUAAAAAAGAGCCCAAUCGUUAGAUUGAUUUGACCCUUGUUCUCAACGCAACAAAGCAAAAGAUCAAACUCUCCGUAGGCAUUCAUACUACUUUAAAGGAAGUUGCUAAUCUUCUUGCAGAGGAAUUAACUUUGGAUGUAUUCAGAACAAGAAUCAGUUUUUAAGAGACUUACAAGACUAUGAAGUUAGAUGAAUCAAAGACUCUCAAAUAAUUGGGCAUCACAAUUGAUAAUCAGCAAUUAUUUGCAAAUGUAGAGACAAUACAAACCAAGACGAUUGGGAGAGUUACUUUGGCUAAAACCUUCUAAAAACCAAUUGAGAGAUUUCGAGUGACUGAUUUAGAUCUAGUUCCAUUCCACCCUGGUCAAAUCUAGCCAUUCGAAGUUGAGGGCUUGACAUUGGAAGCUGUUUGCAUAAAUAGCAAAUGCAUUAAUUUUCAAAGAGAAAUAGUAUUCCCCAUAGGGUUUGGAACUUUCAGCUUUCAACGAAUAAUGAGAGAUGUUAAAUGUGAUAUGUGCCCUUAUAGAGCACUCGGCAUCAAUCCAUCUGUUUUGGUGAGAGAAUUGCUGUUUCGUGAUUGCAAGUGGACAAUAUCAGGACUGAAGAAAGGAGGCAAUGGUGUAUUUGAUCAAUGCUUGAAUAGAUGGGUCAAAGUGAAAGGGAGAGAUAGUUUGGCAUUUCCAUAGAUUGUUGGUUAGGAUAAAUGGAAGGAAGUUUGGAUUGAAAUUAAACCAAUUGGAGUUGGAACUCAGAAGCAUCCAUUCUUAAUACAACCUGAUUGUUUGGACGAUUUCUAUUACUCCUAUUUUUGA